AGGUCGGAGGAAACUCUUCUCUUCCCCGUCUGUCCACACAGGAAUAAUAAAGCGACGCUUCAACUGUGACCGGGCACACGGAGCCAUAGAAGAGGACCGUUAACCAGUGACCAGUCAAAGCCGCAGUUGACUCGUUUUUCCACGGAGUAUAUUGUUUGUUCGCCGCUUCCGUGAACGCAGCCCCCGGUGAUAUUGUUUCGCUGCCCGGGUCCCUGAACGCAGCAGCGGGUCCGUGAACGCAGCACCGGUGAUGUUGCACCGCUGGUGAAGCGCAGCUCCAUGCGGGACGACACUCAGGGUUUGUGCGUGAUCUCGGGUCCCUUGCCGGUCCUGUCCGCGGUGGAAGCUGUAAAUGGAUCGACAGUCCGCCCUGAUCUCCAUCUGGCUGCAACUGGAGCUGUGCGCCAUGGCGGUGCUGCUGACCAAAGGAGAAAUAAGGUGUUACUGUGACGCGCCGCACUGCGUGGCGACCGGGUACAUGUGCAAGUCGGAGCUGAACGCCUGCUUCACCAAGGUCCUGGACCCGCUCAACGUGAACUCCCCGCUCACCCACGGGUGCCUGGACCCCGUCAGCGACGCGGCAGACACCUGCAGCAGCCACCGGGCCGCAGACGCGCUCACCGGGGCCCUCAUGCUGGAGUGCUGCCACGACGACAUGUGCAACUACAGAGGCCUGCACGACCUGGCGCACGCCAGGGACUCCACAGAUAGCCGGUACCAGGCGGACGGCAGCAACAGGAACCUGGUGACGCGGGUGCAGGAGCUGGCCUCCACCAAGGAGGUGUGGUUCCGGGCGGCGGUGAUCGCCGUGCCCAUCGCCGGCGGCCUCAUCCUGGUGCUGCUCAUCAUGCUGGCGCUGCGGAUGCUGCGCAGCGAGAACAAGCGGCUGCAGGACCAGCGGCAGCAGAUGCUGUCGCGGCUGCACUACAGCUUCCACGGCCACCACACCAAGAAGGGCCACGUGGCCAAGCUGGACCUGGAGUGCAUGGUGCCCGUGAGCGGCCACGAGAACUGCUGCCUCACCUGCGACAAGAUGAGGCAGGCCGACGCCGGCAGCGACAAGUUCCUGUCUCUGGUGCACUGGGGGAUGUACAGCGGCCACGGGAAGCUGGAGUUCGUAUGAACAAUGACCACGUCUGCAGCCAGGACUCCUUGAUGACCGCUGAGCUUUUCACUUACAAAAAAAAAAGGAGAGGAAAAAAAGACAUUCCAGACAGUGUUUUUCAUUCAUUGGUCUGUUGUGUUCUCCUUUUUCUAAUUGUAACCAGUGACGGAACAAAAUGAGAACUGAUCUAAUGUUAAAUGUUUUUUGAUAGAGGAGCACUUUACUUGAAAAAUGAAAGGCAGAGCAACGCAGAGCUGUAUUUAAGUUGCGAGGGCAAGGACUUUGAGGCGGGAGCGGGAGCCUCGCCGCCGCGCCGGAGGAUCCUGGACUUGCCACGCCGAGCGCUGAAGGAUUCCAAAUUUAUCUUUAUUUGCACAUUUGUGAAAAACAAGCCGACGUUGCUUAAAACAAGACUUCUUUUUUUUACACUGACACCAGGGUACAAAAAUGAACUUGUCUGAGGAGUUUAAAAAAAAAAAAGAAAGUUAAAACAACAAAAAAAAAGUUGUGUGUUUUGACUUUAGGCGUGCACACUCCUCUGUGUACAUUUCAUGAUUCAGACUUAUUGUAAAGAUUCUAAAUAUAUCUAUAUAUAUAUUUUUGUCUGAUAAAACUGACCAGUGUGUCUUAUUCUGGAUGAAUGUUCAACAUCUCUUGUGAUCAGACUAAAAGCUUGAUUUUUGUGUGUGAGAGUGUGUGUUUGUGUGUGUGUGUGAAAGAAUGAGUUCCAUUAAAAGCGACUUUUUAUUUAUUCAAUGGUUCAUUCUGGUCCUUUUUUUUUUUUUUUUUUAAUGUGUAUUCUGCCUUAAAUCUCCAUGGGAGGAAAAUCCAUGAACUUUACACACAUUUCUGUGCUCAUUGUGAACUUUUAUGACUUGCUACAGUAAAGUUUAAAGCUCAGGG